GUUCUCUGUUGUUGCUUGGAUUAUUAGACAGUGAAACGAAAGAGAAGAGAAAAUAACGCUCGCGUGUAUACGUUUCGUUUAGAUCUCAAACACGCUCGCUCUGCUACCAAAAAAAAAAAAAAAACGAAUCGUUGAACCACCACGUUCUCGCCGUGAAUGAAACCCUCCACGACGUCGUUUCACACCUCAAUCAAGGAUAUGAAGAAAAGGAGGAUCUAAACGAGAUUAUGGUUACGAGGAAGUAGGAUUAGAAUAGUCUGUGUGUGAUUACAGGAUAGUUACAGUGGGUAGCAAAAACGGAGUGGAUCGGAAAAUGGACAAAAGUAAGAGCCGUACCGAUCUACUCGCAGCUGGCAAAAAAAAGCUCCAACAAUAUCGUCAGAAAAGAGAGAAUAAAGGUGAUAAAGGUGGUAGUAGCCGCGGGAAAUCAUCAAAAAAAUCUUCCAAACAUCAGCUAUCUGAGUCUGAUGCCGAUUCUGCUAGUGUUACCUCUACAGGAUCAUCUCAGGUUACUGAUGGAAACUUUGAAACCAACAGUGACCCUAAUGUGGUUAUCACUGAAACAUUAGAGUCACAGUCUUUGGCAAGCUCAGGAAAUGCUGAAAAUGUUAAUCCAUCUGUUGAUUCAUCCUCAGUGGCCAUGGCAUAUGAUACAGAUAAAAAAACUGAUUUGGAUUCUACUACUAAGUUGGCACUUCAGGGUGGUGGAGUCCAUGAGAAGGAUUCUGAAUCAUCUGCUCAAGAUCGAGGAGGGAGUUCUCAGAAUGUUGGUGCUAAUGUGGCAAACGAUGUGUAUUUGACAAGCUCGUCGGCUCCUGACAAUGUUGAUCCGUCUUUUGAUUCAUCGUCGGUGGCUGUGACGUAUGAUACAGGCCACGAAACUGAAUUGGAUUUUAAUGCUAAGUUAGAACUUAAGGGUCAAGGAGUCUAUGAGAACGAUUCGGAAUUGUCAUCCCAAGACCAAGGGGGAAGCUGUCAUAAUGUUAGCUCUGAAGUGGCUAAAGAUGUCUCUUUGAACGCUUCAAAUAGGGAAGGAGGAACACAAGAUCAUGCAUCUGAACCUGUUGCCCUUAUGGCCCCAUAUGCUUCUAUUACAACUGCAUUGGGCGAGUCUGUUAUAGAUGAAAAAGAGAGUGAGAAAAGGGAAACAUCAUUGCCUUUAUCUGAGGAUAUUCCCAAUACAUUUGUGGUGCAAACGAGCGAAGAUCAGGUAACAGAUUUAGGGGCAAUGCAGGAAGCUGAUGAUUUGGGUAUGAUGAAAUCUUUUCAAAGCACUGAUGCAAUUCUAGAUGAUCAAAAGGAGAUUCCAUUGUUUGAAGCUGGUGGGAGUGAUCAAUCUCUUCCAGGAAUUGCUUUGCAGAAUGCUAUAACUGAGGAGGCAUCUCAUGAAGCAGAACAACUAGACAUGCCAGUUGAAUUAUUCUCAUCUCUUGUUGGAUCUGCAGUUGAUGAUCCCACUCCGGAGUUGUCCAUAAGAGAUUCUACCAGAUCGUUGGAUCUCUCUCCUAUUUCUGAUGCCCGCUCAGUUGAUCUAUCGCAGCUUGCUGAAUUUAUAAGAGGCCUUAAUGAAGAAGAGUACCAGUUUCUGCUCAAGGCAAGAGAAACAGUUUCUGAUGCAGAUCCUUUAACCAGUAGUUCAGUUUUACCAGAUCAUGACUUUUCAGAAGCAUUUCAGAGACUGAAAGAAGAAUUGUUUCUUGCUAAUAUGAUGCAAAAUAUAUUCAAUAGGCAGCUGGUUGAACAACUGGAGCUCCAAUCGGAAUCUGAUUAUCACCGUGACCAGUUGAUCGGUGAGCUAUCUCAGCUCCAAGUUUCACACAAUGAAGUUAACGAGAACAAUCGACGCCUUAGUGAAGAACUUGCUAACUGUCGCGUAGAACUGCAGAAUAAUUAUAGCAAGAGUGUAGAACUGCAAAACCAAUUUGAUACUGCCAUGGCAGGGGUUGAAGCUCUUUCUGCCAGAGUAGUUGAGCUCCAGAUUAGUUUUGAAAUGUCUCAGAAAGAUUCAUCAGAUCUGUCAACAGAGCUGGCUGACUGCAGAAGUUUGAUUUCAAGUUUACAGGAUGAAAAGAAGGGUGUGAGCGAAACUCUUGAUUUGGUGGUUGCUGAGAAAAAUAAACUCGAGGAGGAGAAGGAAUUUUACCUGUGUGAAAGUAAGAAGCUGGCAACUGAAUUCUCUUCCUUAAAAAGUUCAAUGGAAGGAGUAGAAGUUGAAAAUUCCAAUUUAAUUGACAGGAUCUCUUUGGUGACUGAAGAGAGCAAUAAGAUCAAAGCAGAAGUUGAGCAUCUCUUGCAUGAGGUUGAUAGGCUGUCAUUAGAUUUGGUUGAAAAUAAAGAUUUGGUAGCAAGUCUUCAGGCUGAAAAUUCUAACUUAAAUGAGAACCUUUCAUUGUCAGUUGAUAAGAAUAAAAAUCUGGAAGAUGAGAAUCAAUCUGUUGUUCUUGAGAAUCAAAGGCUCUCUUCUGAGAUUGUUUCCCUACAAGAACAAUUAUCUAUACAAAAGGGAGAAUGCACAAAGUUUGAAGGUGACCUUAAAAAAGCCACAAUGCACUUGGAACAACUCUCCAAUGAAAAUGUAUUACUCAAUAGCAUUUUGGAUGAGCACAAGGCUAAAAUAGAAGAAAUGGAAAACAAACAGAGUCAACAACCAUCUCAACCUAGGGACCUUGGGACACAAGCACAUGAUGGAUGGGACCAAAGUAAGGGCCUUGAAAAUGAAGUCACUGAAGAUUCUCGGCAGAUGGAUCAGGGUAUAGAUGAAGGUGCAGCAGGGGGACCAUUUGAAACUACACCUGAACAAGAAAAUUUCAAUGAUUCUCUUGAGUUUGUUUCGUUGUGGACUGGUUUGAAUGGGGUGGAGAAUGUUUUGGCGAAGCUUGAAAAGGCAAUUAAUGAGUUGCGUUCUCAAUCAGUAAUCUCUGACGGUACUGGCGAGAAGGUUUCUUCACCUGCGGUAUCAAAGUUGAUACAGGCUUUUGAAACAAAAGUAGAUGAGCAUGAGGCAGAGAUAAGUCAAUCUACUGAUGUUCAGUUACAAUCAAAGUCAUUUAUUAUGUUAGAAGAGCAAGUGGGAAACUUGAGAAAAUUGCUUCCUAAGUGCAAGCUGGAUGUUCAGAGUGCAGCUGCAUUGUUCAAGGGGGAACAAGAUGGUAGGAAAAUUGGGGAUGCAAAGUACAGUGAUCUCGAGCACCAGUUUGAAGGAUUGCAGCAGCAUUGUUCAGAUUUGGAAGCAUCUAACAUCGAACUUGCAGUUCAAUAUGAAAUAGUAAAGCAACUUCUGGGUGACAUUCAAGAAAAGAAAUGUCAACUUGAGGAAAUCUGUGAAGCUCUAAAGCAAGAAGAUAUUCGUCUCAAAGCCAAAAAUAGUGAACUCUAUGAAAAGCUUGGAUUUUGUCAUUCAAAAAUUAUUGAAUUGCAUGCUGAAAUGAAUGAUGUGAAACAAAGUUCGAAUGAGAUGUCUUCUGUCAUUGGCAGUCAACUGGAAAAUUUGCAGAAGGAAGUGAAUGAGAGGGCAAUGCUACUUGAGCAAGGCUGGAAUGCCACUAUUUCUGAUAUUUUUGAGUUAGUUGCAAAGCUGAAUAAAUUAGUUGGGGAAACUUCAAAUACAACAGUCUCUUAUGAUACCCGUGAAGGCUUUGAUAUCAGGCAUUUGUUAGAAGCUUCUGUCAGUGCUGCCAGUGAAAUGAUUUUUGAUCUGCAGAAGAAACUUGAAGCUACUAACGUGGAUCAUGAAAUAAUGUCCAUGUCAUAUAAAGAAAUGACCUCAAAAUGCGAUCAUCUGCUUGGGAGGAAUGAAAUGGCUAUCGAUGUAUUGCACAAGAUGUACAGUGACCUGAGGAAACUUGUGCCUAGUAGUGGUUUGUCUUUGGAUGAAGAUAAGAAGAUAGAUGAGCAAAGUGAGGCACUGCCUGAUCUGCUAAACUUUAGCAGCUAUGAGACCAUCAUGAAGCAUUUGGGGGAUAUGUUGAUUGAAAAGCUGGAACUGGAGUCUGUUACCAAGAAGAUGAAGUCAGAAUUGGUGCAGAAGGAAACAGAAUUGGAAGAAUUGAAGAUGAAGUGUCUUGGUUUAGAUUCUGUUGGGAAGCUAAUUAACAACGUCGCAGGUGCGCUGAAUGUGGAAACUCCCAAUAUCGAAAUAAACACGUCACCCCUUUUGUACUUGGAUUCACUAGUGUCUAGUCUUGUACAGAAAACCAAAGAGGCUGAAAUCCAGAAUCACACCACUAAAGAAGACUUUGGAUCUAAGGAGAUGGAAUUGGAUGAACUGAAAGAAAAGGUGCAUUACCUAGAUACGCUGCAUCUUGAGAAUGAAAAUGAAAUAUUUGUUCUAAAGGAAAGCUUACAUCAAGCUGAGGAAGCUCUUUCUGCUGCCCGUUCUGAAUUGCGUGAGAAAACAAAUGAACUCGACCAUUCAGAACAACGAGUAUCCUCCAUCCGGGAGAAACUUGGCAUAGCUGUUGCCAAGGGAAAAGGGUUGGUUGUACAGCGGGAUGGCCUCAAGCAGAGUCUAGCUGAGACAUCUACUGAAUUGGAGAGAUGCUUGCAAGAGUUGAAGUUGCAAGAUACAAGACUUCAUGAGCUUGAAACGAAACUUAAGAUCUAUUCAGAAGCUGGUGAACGUGUGGAAGCUCUGGAAUCUGAACUUUCAUAUAUCCGUAAUUCGGCCAAUGCCUUGAGAGAGUCAUUUCUCCUCAAAGAUUCAAUGCUUCAGAGGAUAGAAGAGGUUUUGGAAGACCUUGAUCUGCCUGAGCAGUUUCAUUCGAGUGACAUAAUUGAAAAGGUUGAUUGGUUGGUUAGGUCAGUUGUUGGCAACUCAUUGCCCAUGAAUGAUUGGGAGCAGAAGGAUUCUGCAGGAGAACGAUCAUACUCUGAUGCUGGUAAUGCUGUAACAGAUUCUUGGAAAGAUGAUAGUCAGCUGCAACCAGAUUUAGGGGAUGAUCCAGGAGGGCGUUCAUACUCUGAUGCUGGUUUGGCUGUCACAGAUACCUGGAAAGAUGAUAGUCAGCAACAACCAGAUUCAGAGGGUGAUUUUCUAAAAAACUUCGAGGAGUUGCAGAGUAAAUAUUAUAGGCUGGCUGAACAAAAUGAAAUGCUGGAGCAGUCAUUGAUGGAAAGAAACAGCUUAGUUCAGAGAUGGGAGGAGCUUGUAAACAAGAUUGAUAUGCCUUCACAUUUGCGGUCUAUGGAGAUGGACGAUAGGAUCGAAUGGGUGGGGAGAGCACUUGCCGAGGCUAAUCAUCAUGUAGAUUCUCUGCAGCUGAAGCUUGAAAGAUAUGAAAGCUAUUGUGGGUUGCUAAAUGCUGAUCUGGAAGAGUCUCAGAGGAGACUGUCCGCUCUUCAUGAAGACCAUAGAGCUCACACUUCUGAGAGAGAGCACCUUUCUGAAAAAUUAGAGGCUCUGAGACAUGAAUGUGAGAAACUAUCAGUGCAGACAAGGGGAACUGAACUUGAGAAUGAAAAUCUGCACAAUGAAGUAACUAGUUUGAAGGAUCAAUUGGAGCAGAAAGCUGAAAUUGAAGAACAAAUUUUCACCAUUGAUGGCAAGCUAAAAAAAUUACGAGACAUAGUUGGUGAUGCCUUGUCAGAAUCUGUAACAGAAUAUCGGGUUUCUGAUGGUGCAAAUAUUGAUUCUUUGGAAGAAUUGCUGAGAAAGCUUAUUGAAAAUCAUGCUAUUUUGAAGGAUCAAUUGAAGUGGAAAGCUGAAAUUGAAGAACAAAUUUUCACCACUGAUGGGAAGAUAACACAAUUACGAGACUUAGUUGGUGAUGCCUUGUCAGAAUCUGAAACAGAAUACCGGGUUUCUGAUGGUGCAAAUAUCGAUUCUUUGGAAGAAUUGCUGAGAAAGCUUAUUGAAAAUCAUGAUAGUUUGAAGGAUCAAUUGAAGCAGAAAGCUGAAAUUGAAGAACAAAAAGACGAUCCUACUCUUCAUAACGAACAAGCAGAUAUUGACAGAUACAAGAAAGAUCUGGAGGCAGCUUUAAGCGAAUUGGAGCAGUUGAAAGAGGAGGGUGAGAGAACUUUGGAAAAGCAAAUAUCACUAUCUGGUGAAGUUGAAGCUUUGAGUAAAAGAAUUGGGGAGUUGCAAGAGCUUCUUAAUCAGGAAGAGCAGAAAUCAGCUUCUGCUAGAGAGAAAUUAAAUAUUGCUGUCAGGAAAGGGAAGUCGCUGGUGCAACAAAGAGACAGUCUAAAACAAACCAUUGGAGAGAUGAGUGUUGAGAUGGAGCACUUGAAAUCUGAGAUCAACAAACGGGAACACACUAUUGCAGAGCAUGAACAGAAGUUGAGUCAGUUGUCAACCUACCCAGAUAGAUUAGAAGCUCUUGAAUCUGAGAGUUCUCUUCUGAAGCAUCGUUUGGAAGAAAAUGAACACCAUUUGCAGGAGAAAGAAUAUUCCUUGAAACUGAUUUUGAACAAGUUAGGUGAGAUUGAUGUUGGCGGUGAAGGCCAUGUAAGUGAUCCGGUGAAGAAGGUGGAAUGGGUUGGAAAGCUGUGCGCUGAUCUGCAUAAUUCGGUCGCUUCUUUAGAACAAGAAACCAGGAAAUCUAAAAGAGCAUCUGAGCUCUUGUUGGCAGAGUUGAAUGAGGUUCAAGAAAGGAAUGAUAGUUUUCAGGAGGAGCUUGCUAAGGUGGCUGAUGAACUUGUGGAUCUCAGAAGAGAAAGGGAUUCAGCGGAGGCUGCCAAACUGGAAGCUCUUUCACAUCUUGAAAAGUUAUCUACAUCGCAUGAGGAAGAAAAAAAGAGCCAUUUUUAUGAGCUCGUGGAAUUAAAAUCUAGCAUGAUCCAAGUAUGGAAAGGCUUUAGUGAGGUUCAGAAUUUACUGGCUAAGGCUUUUUUCACAGAUUUGGAGUCUUUUCGGAAUGUGGAAGCUGGUCUUGAGUCGUGUAUGAAAGGAAACAAUACUCCAUAUGUGAUGGGUUCAUCUUUCAGCGAAGAACAUGAUGGUAUUUUACGCAAGUCAUCAGAUGAUAAGAAGAGCUCCGUGUAUGCAGAAUCUUGGUCAGAAUUCGGCACCAUUGACCACUACAAUGAUAAUACCAUUAUUGACAGUUUUCGUCUAUUUCGGCAUAAGCUACAAGAGUUUAUGGUGGAGGUCAGCUCUCUUAAGGAAAGAAUACACGUGCACUCAAGUUUGGCACAGGAACAAGACAAAACUGUGUCGAAACUAAUGACAAAUGUUCAGAGGGUAAUUACUUCCCAAAGAGAAUCAUGUGAAAAGAUGAAGACAGAAGUUAGUAAACAAGAUCUGCAGCUUGUUGCAUUGCGUGGGAACAUUGCCCACCUAUAUGAAUCAUGCAUCAAUUCUGUCGCUGUACUUGAGACCGGAAAAGCUGAACUGGUUGGAGAGAAGGUUGAAUUUUCAGAUCCAGGGAUUAACUUGAAAACAUUGUCAUUUGAUGAGGAAAUAUCUGAGGAAUGUAUUAAAACCAUGGCAGAUAGACUGGUGUUGGCAACAAAUGGGUUUGCUAGCAUAAAAACUGAAUUUUUGGAUGCUAAUCAAAAGGAAAUGAAGGCUACUAUAACAAAUUUACAGAGGGAGCUUCAGGAGAAGGAUGUUCAAAGAGACAGGAUUUGUGCAGACCUUGUAAAACAGAUUAAGGAUGCUGAAGCUGCUGCAAACAGUUACUCUCAAGAUCUUGAAUCUCUUAGGACACAGGAACAUAAUUUAAAAGAACAGGUGGAAGUGAUUGAGGGAGAAAAGAAGAUACUUGAGCAGAGAAUCAAGGAGCUGCAGGAUAAGCAAGGGACUGCGGCUGCUGAAUUAGAGGAUAAAGUGAGAUCUCAUAGUGGUUUGCUGGCUGCCAAAGACCAAGAAAUUGAAUCGCUAAUGCAUGCACUUGACGAGGAAGAGAUGCAAAUGGAUGAACUGACAAAGAAAAAUGCUGAACUUGAAAAGGCUGUUCAACAAAAGAAUCAAGAGAUUGAGAACCUUGAAUCUUCUCGUGGUAAGGUUAUGAAAAAGCUUUCCGUAACUGUAAGCAAGUUUGAUGAGCUUCAUCAACUGUCUGCAAAUCUCCUUUCUGAGGUGGAAAAGCUUCAGUCCCAGUUGCAAGAAAAAGAUGCUGAAAUUUCUUUCUUAAGGCAAGAGGUUACUAGAUGCACCAAUGAUGAUCUUCGUGCAUCACAACUGAGCAACCAGAGAAGUCUGGAUGAGAUCGUUGAGUUCUUUAAGUGGGUUGACACAAUCGUAUCUCGAGAUGGGAUGGAUGAUUUGCCUCCUGAUGUGAAGAGUGAUACUCAGGUUCAUGAGUACAAAGAAAUACUUCAUAAGAAGUUGAUGUCUCUAAUAUUAGAAUUGGAGAAUCUAAGGGAAGAUGCAGAAAGCAAGGAUGAAAUGUUGCAAGCAGAAAGGAAUAAGGUGGUAGAGUUGAACCACAAAGCGGAAACUCUUGAGAAGUCCUUGCAUGAGAAAGAAUCACAAUUGAAUUUGCUUGAUGGUGUGGAAGAAACUGGAAAGGAGGUUGGCACUAGCUCAGAAAUUGUGGAGGUAGAACCAGUGAUAAAUGAAUGGACAACAACGGGGACUUUUGUUACACCUCAAGUUCGAAGUUUGCGCAAGGGCAAUAGCGAUUAUGUUGCCAUUGCUGUUGAUGAAGACCCUGGUAGUACAAGUAGGAUAGAAGACGAAGAUGAUGACAAGGUUCAUGGUUUCAAAUCACUCGCAUCAUCCAAAAUUGUCCCAAGAUUUACAAGACCAGUGACCGACUUGAUUGAUGGCUUGUGGGUUUCUUGUGAUCGGACUUUAAUGAGACAGCCAGUCUUGCGGCUUGGAAUUAUAAUUUAUUGGACCAUAAUGCACGCUCUCCUUGCUUUCUUUGUUGUCUGAGGGUCCUGAUUUAUGUAAUGCUCUGAGUUGCUUUUGUAUAAUUAAUUGGCCUUAAAAUCCUAAGCCUGGCACAGGAGGUGCCAUAUAUAAGAUUGGGGAUAUUCCUCUGAUAGUUGAAAAAAAUACUCAGUUUAGUUGUACAGUAUCUUCCUUCAACUUGCUUCUGUCUGUAAUGGUUCAACAAUUAUAAGCCAUAAGAAAAUAAAGAUGCAGCUGUGCAUUGAAGAAAAGAUGAGAAAGCAGAUUGCUCAAUAUUUGAAGAGCAAUGGAUGAAGAGCCUGCUACAUGAAAACACAAGGACAAGGUGGUGGUUUUUACAAGAUCAGAUCAAUUUGAUACUGACUGUUUUUUUUAAAGGGAUACUGGGAUAGCAAGUUUUGGGUCAUGUGAGCUUGAUAAAUGAGCAGUUAGCUAUAGGAAAAACUUAAUUCUUUUGUAAGAUUUUUUUUCCUGCUUAGCCAUAAAGAAAUUUGAGUUGCUAUUCUUUUUUCAUAUAUUAUAUUAAUCAUAGCAUUAUUAUGA